UGUGUGUGUGCGUGUGCAUGUGCGUGUGCGCGUUUAAAAUGAGCGAGUAACAGGGAGAAGCGGGUGUGAGGAGUUCAGUGGGCGAAUCAUGAAUCCGACUGAAUCAUAUCAGCAAGAUGAAUUGUGGGACUCGUGUGUUUCUAAUUACAUUAAAUAAGAAUAAGCAGACGAUAUGAUAGGCGGGUUCGAGCUGCUCUGAGCCACUGAUGCCAUGCUGAACUUCACAAGAGGAGCAGCUGAGAAAUAAAGCAAAAAGAUGGAUGACUGUCUUCAGAGGAGUCUGAGUGUUUUGGACCGCCUUCUCCUCACACACUCCAUCUGGCUCCAGCUGUCAAUCAACCCUGACUCCGUCCUCUGCAUCCUGCAGAGAGAGAUAGUUGGGACUUUUCUGGUGUGUAAGUGUGCAGUCACUCAGAGGAAGGUGCUCUGUGUGAGGGUUCAGGAGAGCAAUGUGUGUGUUGCACAAUAUCCCAUCCGGGAGGAAGACUCCACAUUCUCUCUGGAGAGCUCAGCCCUGAGUUUUCCUGAUUUGUGCAGAUUAGUGGCCUUUUACUGCAUUAGCAGGGAUGUGUUACCUUUCCCACUCGAGCUUCCUGAAGCUAUCGCACAGGCCACCAACCACACACAGCUAGAGAGCAUCUCACACCUUGGCUUGGAGUUCUGGAGUUCUCAGGCCUCCCCUGGCCCCCCUAACGGCCCUCCCGCCGUGUCUGUGAACUGGUCCUCCAGGCCGCGAUCGCCAUGUUUCAUCAACCCCCUCUUCCUACAGCCUUCCCAGGCAAGUCGAGGGGCUUCACACAAACGCCACAGAUUGAAACGCAGUCUGCGAGUCCGCGUGUCCACCGAGUCAUCAUUCUGCCUGACCCCUGGAGACUCCGAGUGGAACCAGGGCGACACGGAUGUGCUGAGGAGCAACGAGAGGACGACACGGAGGGCAGGCGGCCUGAGCGUGUUGAGAAGAACUGCUGCUCUGGCACCUACCUCAGAAGAAGAGGAUGAGCAGAUGCUGGGAGAGGUGCCUCCAACAUCAGCCCCACAGCCAGAAAAGGCAGAGCUUAAGGACAUACCACAGGAUGAGGGGCUCUGCUUGGCACUGGAGCGACGUCAUGCUCCGUCUCUCGCCGAGCUGGACAGCAACAGUUCCUUCAGCAGCCUGGAAGAGGAGGAGUCGCAGCCGGACUCAGCCCUGCAGUGGCCUCCCCUCACACGGGGCACCCGUUUCCCUGUCGCCAACCCUGCCUCCACCCUACGCCGCAUGAGUGCUGCAUUUGUGUGUGUUUUUGCUCCUGAGCGGCGUGUAGCCCGGCUGGUUGACGAGCUGUCCCGAGACAGGCGCUCUGCAUUUGGAUCACUGGUCCAGGAUUUCUUACUAAAGCAGAAGGAAGAAAUGAAGGUGCCGAGUUGGAGCUCAGCCGUGGAGCUGCUUCAGGGAUUGAGGAGGUUCCUUUCCCAGGCCAAGAGUCUGCUUCUGGAGGCUGGAGAACUGGAACCUCCCAUAGAGACCCUGGUGCCUGAGAAUGAGAAAGAGCUGGCUUUGGAGAAGGCUUUGUUUGGUUGUGUACUGAAACCACUGAAAGUUCAGCUGGGCCAGGUGCUGCUCUCGCUCCACACACAGGACGGCACUCUCCAGAGAUUCACUAACAGCCUGCAGGCCUGUCAGGAGGGGGCGCUACAGCGCCUGGGUGUACGCGUGGCAGUCCUGGAUGCUCAAGGUGUGGAGAGAGCAAAGAAGAAGCUCAGUCUAAUGCAGAGAAGCCACUCACCUAUAGACAAAGUGCUGCUUCUGCUACAGGUGUGCAAGAGUGUGUACAAGGCCAUGGGAGCACAAUCUGAACAGGAAUUCAGCUCGGAGGAUUUCCUGCCUGCUCUGUCCUAUGUGGUGGUUCAGUGUAACAUCCCACAACUGCUGCUGGAGACGGAGUACAUGAUGGAGCUGCUGGAGUCGUCUUGGCUGUCAGGAGAAGGAGGGUACUACUUGACGAGCAUCUAUGCCAGCCUGUGCCUAAUCCAGAGCCAGCCUGGUACCCCGUGUCCUGGCGGUUUAACCAAUGAGGCCCAGGAGUAUCUGAGAGAAUGGAGCAAGAGAAGAUCCCAGGAGGCCAAACUCCAUAAAGAGAGCCAGCAGAAUCAGAGGUUUGUGCGUAUUCUUUUCCAGAACACUGAGUGCUGCGCAGCCCGUACUCUCCAUUGGAAAGCAGGCGAGAGUGUGGAAGUGUUAACCCGAACCUGCGCAGAGGUGUUUGCCAUAAACGAGCCCCAGCAUUAUUGUCUGUUCUGGAGGAAUGGAGGGGAGAUGCAUCCUGUUCCUCUACACACACAGCCUCAUGAGCUGGGUGCCCCCACCCUAUCCUACCUCCGCAAAGAUCAUGACUUCAGCAAGAUGCGCAGGCUGACCAGAGGUGGCGCUGUGGAUCUCGAGGAGUCUGCAUGUGAGGAAUAAGGACUGCACUUUGCUGGGCUUGUUUUCCACAGUGAUGUAGUAUGAGGGCCUAUGAAGAAAGUGUGUGUGUGUGUGUGUGUGUGUGUGUGUGUAUUUCAGGCCUGGCAAGAACUGAUGAUCAGUUAGGUUGCACGUCAGUACGCCACUGAAGAAAUAGAAAGCUCAUGCACUGAAGUUAGAUUAAUGGAGAAAGAUACUUGGUAAUAAUGCUUAAAGCAAUAGUUGCCAGUAAAGGGUACAAAAAUAGCCUAUAGCCUACUUUUAAAUUACCUGCUACACAGAAUAUAAAUACUGUAUGUGUAGUUCUGUUGUCUUUAGAGUGGUUGCCAAGAUUCUCUGCUGAAUUUCAAUACCAAAGUGUUGAACAUGAUUCCUUUAUACAGCAUCUUUUUUAACAGGUGGAUGAAUAAAUAAGUAUAUAUAUAUAUGUAUAUUUUGUACAUUUACAUGUACGCAUCUGAGAUGCCCCAAGUGUCAGUAUUCUGUAGAGUCAGUAAAAAAACAUUAGGCUCUUUCAGCUGUAUUGUAGUGCUUUAAUAUAUAUGUAGGAGAAAACAAAGCAUUUCCGGUCUUGUAAAUAGGUAUAGUUCCAGUGUUUUGAGGUUGUCUUUGGUAUCUUUUUAAACAGUAAACUGGAAAAUUGUACUGUAAUUUAUUUUUGAGCACCUUUAUUUUGCUCAGUACUGACCGAAUGAAAUAAUGUCAACCUUACAGACUUGGGUAAAUUUGGUAAGUUGCAUUAACCUAGUAAUUGUAUUUGAAUUGUGUAAAUAAUCUCUAAGAUUAUACUGCUGAAUUUUUGUCAUAGUGAAUUUUCCAGUCAUUCCUUCGAAGAUGUGGCUGGACUGUGCAGCUGUACUGUGUUGCAUUCGCUGAAUGUGCUUUAAUGGUAACACCCCAUGGUGCUUUAAGUGAUCGCAUAAACAUGCUAAAUGGAUUGACUGGGUUUUGCUGUGUGAACUGACCGUCUUAUCCUGUUUUACUGGAUCUCAUGCAGACGCUGAACUUUGUAACACUUUAUUGCCAUGGUGUAUUGUAUGAACUUAUUCUACUUGAGUGUUCAUUUAAUUUCUGUGAGGAAAAUUUCAACAAUCAGUACAAAUUGACUUUAUAUUUGGAAUGAUGUGUUUGAAAUAUGUGAUCUCUGCAUGCAGCCAGUUGUAAUGAGGUGCCGCCAAUGUCAUAUGCGCAUGUUUGAAUUGCUAAAGUGCAAAUCUUAGUUUUUUUCCUCAUUGCACUGGUAUGACUGUGCUGUAUUUUACUUCAGUAACAAAGAACAUUAAAUCUUUGUGGAUGCUAA